AUGUCCACCUCGGCAGCGGAGGCCAAAAGCGAUCUUGCCGCCCAAAUUCCGUCAUGUUCUCACAAGCAGACAUUGCUCGAGGAAGCUGAUGUUAAUUCUGAAGCCACCUGCCCAGCCCUCUGCGAUGAUCUACUCGCAAAAAUUUUCGCACGCACCAUGCGACGAUCUUCGAUCCGAUCUCAGCUGCGCCUAAAGAGGGUUUCUCGACUCGCCCACAACGUUGUCGGCCGUGAAAUGGGAAAGAAGGACGAGUUGCUGGUUGAGAUACUCGACCCAACCGAGUAUCGUAUCAUUGGAUUACGCAAGGAAAAACUACCACGCCCAGAGCAAAAUAUUAUUGUACAGGGCUCCCUAGUCCAUACAAUGGAUGAAGCAUUGAAACUGGUAAAAGAAGCUGUUGGAGCGAUGCGAACCCUAAAAACGCUAAGGCUCUAUUCUCGUGAAAACGAUUCUGAACAAGGCAAUUUUACGUCUGUAAUCCAGGAACUUCUCGGAAAAGGGAACGUCCAGCUUGAGACCGUCAAAUUCCGAAGGAAGCGUGUCGGAACCGGGGCCACAGAUUCGAUUGUGCGACUGGUGGAGGAGAAUGCGGAUAGUCUACAUUCGCUUGGCCAGCUCGGGCUUUCUGAAGCGAUUCAAUGUUUUGCCGGAAAGCCAAUGGCCCUGGAAAGGCUGUCCCUAAACGAAUUUGACGGCGGCUUCGAUGCUGAUCAAGAAUCGAUUUGUGAGCGGAUGAUUCAAUUGAUGUCUACGGGAAUUACGGCGACACAUUUGUCGUAUUCAUCCCUGCAAGGCUUUGACCCUACCGAUGAAGUUGUUCAGCGUUUCUUGACCUCAUUUGAAUGCGAGUCUCUACGUUUGACAAUGAUGAAAGGGCCUUACGUUCCUUCACUGCCGGAUUAUAUGAUCGGAAAGGUUCGUCACGUGCAAAAAUUGGAAAUGGUCGAGGUCGUCGAAAAGACCAACAUUUUCAACACGCUCAUCACCUACGAAAAGAUGCUGCACAAAGUAUUCCCCAACGUCGAAGACGUCAACUUUCUACAGGAUUGGCGUCGC